CGGCGCGUGGCCGUAGCGUACGGAGCGUCGGCCAGUCGAAGCGGCUGGCCCGCGCUGACUCGCGCGUCUGGCUAGGCGUGCUGGGGACCCGUCGCACCGCGAAUCCAUGCCUCGGCGACGGCGACGUAGACGGCGGUGGUCGCCGGCUUCGUCGAAAGCUCCGCGCGAAGGUCGUCGACGCGAAAGUCGCGGACGCGUUGCUCGCAGCUGCCGCGUCCUACGACGUUUGCGAGGCAGGCGGUCGCAGCACAACAGCUGAGGAGGAUCGACGCCUUCGCUGUAUCGACCUACCCACUCCCCCUUCUCGCUAGUGGUCGCGGCGCACGUUGUAGCCACCGCCUUCUCGCGAAAUGGGGUUAAAACCGCGGCUCCUUUCCCCGAUGCCGUGUCUUCGUCACGCGCUCCGUCACCACGAAGACGAUACUACUCGGCUGCGCUGUCUUCUUCCCCUCCCCUUCUUCAACUCGCUGCCGACAACGACGACGCCUUCUUCUUCAUCUGAGAGCCGCUGCCUUGCCGGUCCUGCACGACUUGUUAACGCCACUUUUCACGCCGCCAAGUGAAAAGCGACUGCACCAACCUGCGAGGGACGUGCUAUGCUGCUGGACGACCGAACCCAUCUUGGCGAACAGCGCCCGGCGUCACCGACAACAUCGUCACCAUACGCUCCAGGAUUUUCUGUUCCGGCUUUGCUGCAUUCCUCAAGUCAUCGGAGUGCGAUGAAAGAGGCCAGUGAGGCCGAGGAAUGUCGCAGCAACGGCGGCAGCCCCGGCAGCGCGGCGAGCACCACGAGCGGCGGCGGCAACGGCGCAGCGGGCUCUUCGUCGGCGCCGUCGAGCGCAGGAGGCGCCGGCGGCGGCGGCUCGCGCAGUCCGCCGCUCCCGGGCGCCGCAUCUUCGACGACGGGCGAGCUGGCCUUCCUCUCGAACCUGCUGGGACGACGCGAGGCGCCGCGCGACAAGGUCUUCACGUGCACUGUCUGUAGGCGAUGCUUCGGCUACAAGCAUGUGCUCCAGAACCACGAGCGCACGCACACGGGAGAGAAGCCGUUCGAGUGCCGCGAGUGCCACAAGCGCUUCACGCGCGACCACCACCUGAAGACGCACAUGCGGCUGCACACGGGCGAGAAGCCGUACCACUGCACGCACUGCGACCGCCAGUUCGUGCAGGUCGCCAACCUGCGCCGACACCUGCGGGUGCACACCGGGGAGCGGCCGUACGCCUGCGAGCUGUGCGACUCCAAGUUCUCCGACUCGAACCAGCUCAAGGCGCACAUGCUCAUCCACAAGGGCGAGAAGCCGUUCGAGUGCCAGCUCUGCAUGGGCCGCUUCAGGCGCCGCCACCACCUCAUGCACCACAAGUGCCCCAAGGACGAGGCAAACGCCGGCAAGCCGCGCCGCGGUCGAAGGCCCCGCGCCUACGAGGUGGCCGCCUCGCCGCCAUCCUCCCUCGCCGCCACAACCACUGGGGUGCCCGUCGUGGUCACCAACAGUCUGGCUGCCGCCGCCGCCCUUUCGCCCACGGCCGCAGCCGUGGUGGGCGCCGGAAUACCUCCCGUGGCCCACUCGGCCACCGGGGGACCUCUGGGCGAGCCGCCCAAGAGCCGGCGCAAGCCGCGCCACACGAUACGCAUCCUGACACCUCAGCAGCGCGACCUGUUCCUCGAGACGGAGCAGACCGAGCCGCUGGACAUGUCCAUGUCGCCGACGCCACUGCUGCUGCCGUCGACGCCGUACCGUUACCCAACUCCCGGCGUGCUCGACUUGUCCAGCUCGCGGUCCGACUCCGAGGCUCCCGAAGAGGAGGAAGACAUGGAGGACGGCGAAGACGACAUCAUGGAAGAGCCCGAGGAAGAAGAGCAAGACCUGCGCAUCAACAACGACCACCGCCGCAAGGAGCUGCUCGCCGAGCGGCUUCAGGGCGUCGUCGUCGACCACCACCGACUUUCGGCCGUGGACCACCGGCUGGCAGCGGUCGACCACCGGCUCGGUGUCGGCAUCGACCACAGACUCAGCGUCGACCACCACCGUCUGGGGGAGCGGCUCGAGGACCGGUUGGCGGCGGGGUUCCAGCUCGACUUGGUGCGACGCCGGGGCCUCGCGCACGGGUUGGCACUGCCCCACGUGCUGCCGCCCGGCCUGGCGCGAGGUCUGUCUACGUCACCGGACCACGACGGCGACAACACGAGCAACGGUUCCUUCGCCUUGGCCGCCUCGUCCUAGCGGAGCAGAGGAAGUAUCUUUGCACUUCCUCGCACGGACUCCCAUGUCACCCGUUGUUAAACCCCCGUUCUCCUGCCUCGUUGUUCCCCGAGCUGCAGUGCAGUGUGGGGCCGUCGUUGUGCUCCACAUAUAUAUAAGCGAGGGCUGUAACCCCGCGUGUGUUGUAGCGGACUUGUGCGGACACCAUUUUGGCACUCGACGAUUGUAAAAGAGUGUGAGUGUGCCUGCCAACGGGUAUCGAGCGAGGUUUAAAAAAAGAGGAAAUCAAACGUUUUUUGACGGUUGAAUAUCAAAAAGAGAAAGGAAGUGACGCGCUCUUUAUUUUCCCUGUAUGUAUUUUGCGAAGGUGUUUGUGAACGUAUAGGAUAUUACGCGUACAUAAAAUAUAUUAUAUAAGAUAUAUACAUAGACAGAGAUAUUGUCAGUGUGCAUAUUGUAAAGAAAGAUGGAGAGAGUUAGGCGACGUAUAUGCGAGGCAGCACGGCUCCAUUUUCACGCCCUUUGCGGGCGCCCCAUCAAAAGGAAAGGCUUCUCUCUGCCUCUGUUCAGAACGCACUUUCCGCUCCUUGAGCUCUGCGCGCGAAUCGAACGAUUACACCAGCGCGUUCUCCUGUUUUCCCUUUAUGUUAUUCGAUGAAAAACUCCCACCUCUGUGUAGUAUAUGUCCCUGUCUGCGAUACAUCAAAACCGCAAAACCCCAUUCUGUUCUGCAAAGUGUUCACUUCACGUUCCAAAGGAUCCAGAAAUCAAAGGCUUUUGCGAAAUAUCAAAAA